AUGGCGACUUCAAGAUCUGAGGAUGUUGAGCCGAGCAUCUCAGAUUUGACUAUCCGAAGAAUCAUCCAGACCGCCGUGAAUUUCGCGGUGGUCGGUGAAGUUGAUGGUGCCACCAAGCUUCUUGAAACACUUACAACCAGAGGUAUUGAUCCGUUUCAGUACUCUGAUUUUGAAUAUCUAUUCUUGAAGCCUUGCAUGUUUUUCGCCUGGGAAGCAACUUCGUCAUGGCCUUCUUGGGUUCCAGAGGAGGAACGCACCGAAGAAAAGCUUCAAGAGCUUGAACUUGAAGGAAGAAAGCACUGGCUGGAGAGAUUCAGUCAGGAAUGGGAUGUCACAGAAGAAAUUGCCCAAAAGGCUUUGGACAUGGCGUAUAACGGCUUAACUACGAACCUGCCUGACUACAAUGGAACACUCGCCGGACAAGUCAUACAGGCAGAAGUCAUGACCGCGAAUGGUGACUUCUCAUACUCAGCGAGUCCGAAUGGACCGAUGGCUAUCAGAUACAUGAAGAAAGCCAUGUGGUGGCGUCAAGGCAUUUUCCCUUAUCCUUUUGUUCAACUAUACCGCACCUCUGGUUUGAUGAUUGCCUUGGAUAUAUAUCUGCGCCUGGACAAAGAAGAAGAGGCUCAAGAGUUGUUCAAGAAAGUGUGCGAUCGUUUUCACACGGAAGAACAAAUUGAGCAGCUCGUAUGCUCUCGAGCGGCGUGGAAGCAAAUUCUUGCUGUUCCUGAGCGACCCCUCCUGGACUUUCUCAACAUUCAUGCGGCCAAGCUCAGGCCAGCCGUUUCUCGUGCCUGUCAAAUGGCUGAGAGCCGUUUGCAAGCUGGUCCGAGACGCCGAUAUGCCGGUCAAACUAUCGAAAAGUUGGUGCACAUAAUCAGUGAGAACACUUUCAAGAACUGCCCUUAUGACCGGCUGGAUGCUUAUCGACCUCGUGGCAACCUCCGAGCUCGACCCCAGAGUUCCAAUGGCCUGAUUCGACGGAGAUGCUACGUUGCAGGGAUACGGGCUUUGGAAGAUCGACUAGGCGUGACUCUUCCCGAAGACUACAAAGAGUUCCUCAGUAUCACUAAUGGUCUUGACUCCAUGUGGGAUGGCCAGAAUCUCGUAGAUUAUCUAGCUGGUGCUCAGGAAGUCAAUUGGCAAGAACUCGACUUCCUCGAAGGUAAUGAACUUCCCCUGUUGAAUGAUGGCGAGCCACUAGCAUGGACGAAAAACAUCCUAGAAUGGCCAAAGAUGGAAAAGCCUCGAUGUAUCUGUCUCUCGGGCGAUAUCAACCAUCAAGAAAAGGCUGGCCAUUUCUUUCUCGUCGGUCAAGACCUUCUCCAUCCAGCCAAAGAUUACUUCUUCAAAACAUACGAGCAAAGAGACGAGGCUCAGCGUCGUGAACUUGACCGCCUCGUUCAGGAGACAUACGGCAGCAUGGAGGACUUCCGAAAUCUCGAGUGGGGGCUGGUUAGUUGGACCGCAUGGGAAUUUACUGUUUAUCCGUAUAAUCGGCUUCGAGACUUCUUGGAACAGAUGGCUGAGGCGUCUUUGCGGCAAGAGAGACCCUGGCUAAAUAUGUUUGAGCCGAGAUUUAGAAGGACCACAAACACGGAUGAUGCAUUCAUCGUCCCUAAAACAUUUCACAUCUCAACCAAGCACAUCAAAGAUCAAGAUAUCUCUUUCAAACUUGACCUAUAUGAUAAUUUAGCAAAGAAAACGAGAUUAGACCCGGCGAUCAUGUGCACUAAGGUCCAGAGGAAGUAUUCCUGCCGAAAGUGCUACCUUCUGCUCAAGGAUGAGUGGGAAGAAAUACCUUGUGCAAAGGCAAGGGAGAAGGGUGGUGCCAUGGGCGCCUGCGGGAAUCCAGCGUUAAUCGACAGGAAGGAGAUCGAAACCAUAUGCGAUGAGUGCUUCAAGAAGCAGAAGAAGAAGCGAGGUUUUUAA